AUGAAAAUUUUAGUUAUUGGCGAUAUAUUUGGCCAAACUGGCCGUAAAGUGGUUAGAAAUUACCUUCUACAAUUAAAAAAAGAGCAGAGUGAUAUUGACCUGGUUAUUGCUAAUGUAGAAAAUGCUACUCAUGGCAAGGGAGUAUCCCACAAACAUUAUAAAGAACUAAAAGAUGCGGGCAUUGAUAUAAUGACUUCAGGCAAUCAUAUUUUCGCUAAUGAGGAAACACGAAAAUAUAUCCAGGAAGUUCCAGAUUUAUUAAGGCCUCUCAAUUCUAAUCCUUAUCAUCUAGGGCCUGGAACAAUUUUGACUAAAAUUAAAGGUAAAAAAAUUCGGAUUACUAAUUUAUUAGGAACGAAUUUUAUGCCUCUUGCAGUUGAAAAUCCCUAUUUUGCUUUGGAGAAAAUAUUAAACUUACAAGACUGGGAUCUGCAUUUGGUAGAUUUUCAUGCCGAGGCUACGGCCGAAAAAAUUGCCCUAGCUUUAUAUUUUGACGGAAAAAUCAGCGUUCUGUGGGGAACCCAUACUCAUGUCCAAACGGCUGAUGAAAGAAUUUUGCCCGGCGGGACUGGUUUUAUUACAGAUUUGGGAAUGACCGGACCUUAUAGCGGAGUUAUUGGAGCCAAACCAGAAUAUGGUUUGCCUGCUAAAAUGGCUCCCCAAGAGGACAACGGACAAUUUAAUGGAGUCAUUUGGGAAUUUGACGAUGAUAACAAUAAAUUAAUAAGUUAUUUGUUGGUUAUUCCUAAUAAGGAAAAAUUUGCUGGUAAUUCCGAAGAAAAAUUUGUGCCACUUGGAACCCUUGCUAAAAUUAAUUUGGAUAUUACCACGGAUGAUUUGGAACCAAUUCUUAACUCCUUCAAAGAAAUUCAAUUACGGGGAUUGGAAAGAGUAAGAGUAAACAGCCUGGAUAAGCGAGUUUUAUCGGAAAAAAAAUUAGAUGAGAGAUCGUUAGAUGAAUUGACCGAGAAAUUUGUUCGCCAUCUGCCAGACAUUCUGGAAAAAUCCAAAUUGAGUGCGGUUGACAAAUUGCCUUAUAUGACAAUGAUGAGGGGAAAUGUCAGCAAUAUAAUCGAUUUUAUUGCCCAAAAUACCUCCUUGGAUUUACAAGAAAGGCUUGACAUUUUAAUCAACCUGCCCGACCGAAAAAAAAUUGAUGAGGACCUGGAAAAAGAAACGAAAGAGGAAAUUAAAAAACAGCAAGAGGAAUUAAAAAAAUCCCGCGGCUAUGGCAGUGGAGAAAUGAAAAAAUAUUUGGAGCGUUUGGAGAAAGAAUCUUAUCCGGAUUAUGUGAAAAAAGUUGCUUAUGAAGAAAUUGAGCGCUACGAAAUUCUGCAUCCUAGUUCAAGUGAGGCCGCCAAAGUCCGACAUAAAUUAACUGAAAAUCAUUACGGGCUCAAAGAAGUGAAAGAAAAAAUUUGCGAAUAUUUGGCUGCCAAAAAUCUACUGCUUUAUGGUCCGCCAGGUGUGGGAAAAACUUCUAUUGCUAAAUCUAUAGCCGAUGCUUUGGGGAUACCAUUUCUGGUUUUUUCUGCCGCAGGAGUUAAUGAUGUUUCAAUAAUAAAAGGUCAUAUUCGCACUUAUGUAGGUGCUAUGCCGGGCAAUCCGGCUUAUGCUUUAUUAGAAGUUCUGGACCCGCAACAAAAUAAAAAAUUUAUUGACAAUUAUUUGGGAGAAGAAGUUCCUUAUGACUUAUCAAAGGUCAUUAUUAUUUGCGCUGCCAACGACCCUUGGAAAAUCCCAGCUCCACUAUUAGACCGAAUGGAAAUGAUUCACCUUUCCUCUUACACCGAAGUCGAAAAAUUUCAUAUUGCCAAGGACUACAGCAUUCCGGCCAUUUUGGAAAAAUAUUGCUCUAUUACUAAAAGAGAAGGUGGGGAAAGAAUCAAAUUUACUGACGAGGCUAUUAAAUAUCUAAUAAGAAGUUAUACACGGGAAUCAGGGGUUCGGGAAUUAAAACGAAAGAUUGAAACUGUAGUCCAAAAGUUUAUCGUCCAAUUUAUUCAGGGAGAAAAAGAAGAAUUAAUUGUUACUCCGGAAAACUUGCUGGAUUAUCUGAAAAAACCCGAUUAUGAGUUUACUAAAAAACGUCAGCAUCCGGAAAUUGGAGCUGCGACCGAUAUUUUGCCAAUUGAAGUGGCUUAUUAUCCUCGUAAAGAAGGCGAACCUGAGUUCACUGGAAACUUGGGAGAUAUUAUGAAAGAAUCCUGCACGGUGGCCCUGGAUUAUAUUCGGGCUAAUUGCGAAAAAUUUGGUAUUGACCCCAAAAAAUUCUCUCAAAAUAAAAUUCGUAUUCAUGCCGUAGAAGGUGCUGUUCCCAAGGAAGGUCCUAGUGCUGGUAUUGCUUUAACUUCGGCCAUUAUUUCGGCUCUCACCAAUCAAGCCAUCUCUACCGAAGUGGGAAUGACCGGAGAAAUUACUCUUCAUGGUCACGUAGAACCGAUUGGGGGCUUGAAGGAAAAAGCCAUUGCCGCCCAUCGUAGCGGAUUAAAAACAAUUAUAAUUCCCAAAGCCAAUGAAAAAGAUAUUGAUGAUAUUCCUGAAGAAGUUCGGCAAAACCUAGAAAUUAUCACGGUUGAUGAGUAUGAAAAGGAGACCAAAAACCAAGCCCAAAAAGAGUGGAAUAAUCUUUCCUACACGGACCGAUUAAGUUUAGUAAAAAGAGAACGCCCCGGCGACAAAAGUUGUGAGGAAAGAGCAGCCUGCCCUGAAAUAGAUGCCUUGGUGUUAAGCCAAUUUGUAGGCAAGGCUAACCAUGAAAAAUACAAUUGUCCGAACUGUGAUUUAAAAAAUUAUCCUUCACAACUGCCACCAGGAGGUAGUGAUAGCAAUCUCUCAAUUGGCUCUAACGAAAAUAGUUUUCCUACUGAUAAUUCCGAGAGGAGAACACCUGACCAGCAAUCAAAAGAAAAAUCAUCGGUUCAAUCGGACAAAAGCAAAUGGUGA